AUGUCCGAGUCUGGAUACGCCGCUGAGAUGCACGUCCGCAACAACGUCAAGAUGAUUUACUCGCGCAUGCAAACGCUCCUCAACCGCCGCUCCAAGCAGAAGCGCGCCAUUGAAAUCUCUGCUCCGUUUGACCUCAAGCUCGAGCCCGUCUCCCUGCCCGGCGUGUCCCAAGACGAAUUGACCAUUCUCCGCGAAAAGGCCACCGCCAGCCGCGUCGGCAUCACCGAGUACAUCCCUCGCUCCUCGUCGUCCAUGACUUCCUGGGAGACGCGGUCGCAGACGUUUGUCUACAACACCCCGCCUCAUGCCCACGCCCGCCGACCUGUCUGGUAG